UACGAUGAUGCUUUUGAAGGAGUGUGUAGUUUACGAGAUAUUGGAGCGGUAAAAACGAAUAAAGAAAAACCUCUCAGUUCCGAGCAGAUUGAGAAAAACAUCUCGGAGUUGAAGUCGAAACUUAUACAAAAUUCAUCACCGCUUUAUGACGAAUUACUUAACUCUUUGGGGGAUGUAGUUGUUUCUGAUUUGUCAUGGAAAGAUUCUAUCGCUAGUCAGGUUAUUAGCGAUGACUCGGAGCUAGUUAAGAAAUUGCCGAAAAAAUUAAAAAGGGUCUUUAUGGAACCAGCUCGUAAGAUGGUACCUAACCCCUUACCACCAAUUGUUCGAGAAACAUGUAAAGAGUUUGCGUCGGAUUAUAACAAACGACAGAUGGAGGUCUUACCGGAAAAAUUGGAACAUGAUAAAUCUUGGAAAGAAGGAGACGAAAUUCUCGUGGAAGUUACAAAAGGAAUCCUCAGCGUCUUGAGUGAUACAUGGAAUAACCCAGCAUUUAGUCCAGAAUUUAUAGAAUCGCAGAAUGAAGGGACUUACGUGACAAACAUCAUUAUACCUACAAUUCGAGCUGUGUUAAAAGAUCUUCCCUUUGGAAAAUCUUCAUAUGUUAGCACCUCAGAGAAACAAAGUAUUGCUAGUGCGGAUAGAAGAGGUGAAGGGCAUUCUGGAAGACGACCGGAUAUAAUGUUUGUAUUAAAAUAUGGUGAUUAUGUUUAUGAACUCAUAUAUACUGAAUGUUCCCGCAUAAUUUGCACCGAGCGUAAAAAAAUAAAUGAUAGCGUUAAGUUGUGGAGAGAAGCUAAUGAUGGAGUUUUUUGGACCCGUAAAGGAUGUUAUCCGGAGAAGGGUAAAUUUGGGAUAAUUGGAAUUCAAGUUGCUGGGCGUGAAUUACAUCUUAAUGUACUUAUCAGGGAUUCGGGUGAUGUACACAGAUAUUUUCAUCUUAAAUCAACAAAAAUCCCCAUCCAACAAGCUGAAGAGAAAGAUGUAACAGAAUUCGUGGAAACUUUGUUGAUUUUGCGGAAUAUUUUAGUAGUCAAUAUGAGUCUUAUAUUUCAUGCACAGGUUCCUAGAUCACGUAGGCGUAUGGAAAAAAGUUCGACUGUUUCCUCCGAUCCCGAGUAG